UUUUUCAAGACGAGUAUUACCUAUGCUGGGUAUUUUCAUUAGCAGUUUGCUCUUUAUAGAGAAGAGGAGAAGGAUCGCUGAGGCUUUCCCAGAAAGGGUUCAGAAGCUCUGGAAUGAAUGGGAGCUACGAGUUCUGGUUGUUGUUAGCCUCCUACUACAAGUCAUCCUCAUCUUCUUCGGCAGCCGUAGAAAGUACAAUGUUAGUGACUGGGUGCAGAUCACUCUUUGGUUAUCUUACUUGUCUGCAGACGCAAUAGCAAUCACUGCCCUUGGUGCCCUCUCCCACAGUCAAGGAGAGCCUGGCAGCAGUGAACUAACGGCUCUCUGGGCACCAUUUCUUCUGUUGCACCUUGGUGGCCCCGACACCAUCACUGCCUACUCCUUAGAAGAUAAUGAAUUGUGGCUUAGGCACUUUCUUGGACUAUUGCAACAAUUUGGUAUUGCAAUUUAUGUUUUGAUCAGGUCUUGGGCUUAUAGCCGAGUCUCCAUUCUUACGGUUUUCAUGUUUAUCCCUGGAAUUGUCAAGUAUGGGGAAAGGACAUGGGUUCUCAGGUUGGCAAGCAAGGGAAAUUUCAGAGAGACUAUGCUCGGUUCUCCAGAUCCAGGCCCCAAUUAUGCCAAAUUCAUGAACGAUUAUGAUUCUAAGCAGGCCAAAGGGUCUCGAGUCACCGUGGGAAGAAUUGAAGAUUUUCAAUUGCAAAUGGAUGUUGACAACUCACAUACCCGAACCGAAGAAGCUCAGCAGAAAUCAAAUCCGUCAUAUAGUGCAGGCAACGGAUCCAACCUUAUCGAUGAAGAGAUUUUGCCUAAAGCAUAUAAUUUCUUUGAGAUAUUUAAGCGUCUCUUUGCUGAUCUCAUCCUAAGUGGUGACGACUGGAAGAAGAGCAGAGUGUUCUUCCAAGACAGUUCAUCAAGUACAGCUUUCAAAGUGAUUGAGGUGGAACUCGGGUUCAUAUAUGAUUUACUUUACUCAAAAGCUGCCUUGGUUUAUUCUCUUGUGGGUCUGAUUUUGCGUUGCAUCAGUAUCUUGUCUAUAAUCACUCUGCUCGUGGUCUUCUGAACUGGUGAUAACCAUCACUACUCGGAUGUUGACAUAAACAUAACUUACCUCUUGUUCAUCGGAGCUUUUGUUCUGGAGAUUUAUGCCAUCUUCAUUCUGAUUUCCUCUGACUGGGCAUUCCUUUGGCUAAGGAAGCACAAUGCGCACCGUAUUCCACAACUAGUAUCAAAUGCUUCGAAGAAAAGACUAUCUUCCAGGAAAAGGUGGUCUAAUUUAUUGGCACAAUAUAAUUUCAUAAGUGUUUGCGUGAAAGAUAAACCACCCAAAAUCUUACCUAAAGUUCAGAGGCUCCUCCAUGUUGACAAAUUACUAGAAAACUACUAUUACACAUACUCUAAGGAAGUUCUCUUUAAGUCGAAAGAAUUGAUCUUCAAAGAGCUCAAGAGAAAAUCAAGAAAAGUUGCCAAGAUUGAGGAUAUCAAGAAUUUGUGCGCAAGUAGAGGUGAUGGUGUAUUGGAAAACAACAGUCAUCUCCGGGAUAAGCUUCAGUGGAGUCUGAAUGAAGUAGAAUUUGACCAAAGCAUUCUUCUAUGGCACAUUGCAACAGAUCUCUGCUACGAGUGCGAAAAUAAUAUUUCGCCUUUCACAAAAUUGCAACGUGAAACAAGCAAGUUAUUAUCAGAUUAUAUGUUGUAUCUUCUUAUAAUGUGUCCUUUUAUGUUGCCCGAAGGGAUUGGCCAGAUCAGGUUUCGAGAUAGUUGUGCAGAAGCAGAGGUGUUUUUCAAAGAAACAGAUUCGAAAUUCGACAAAAUUAAAGCUUGUGAGAAGUUGCUUGAGGUGAACACAGAUAUUCUAC